CGCUUUCGCGGAGCACACCGAGGGCACCGAGGGCACCGGCUCCCCCCGAGAGCAGGACCCUCGCAGUCCGAGCGCUCCCGACCCAGAGGCGCUGCGAGGAAGGCGAGCGGGCAGCAGCUCCGGGCUCCCAGGGCAGCGCUGCCACCCUGGGAUGGCUGGUCACUGGGGCAGCCCGGGGCUGAGCGCUGUGCCCGCCCGGCGCUCCCACCGUGUGGCAGGAGGGAAGGGGCAGCCCCUGGGACACCUGGCUACUGGCUAAGCCCUUGGUAACCUUCCUGUGUUCCCAUCAGGGUGCCUGUGGGAAGCAUAUUUGAGAUUUCAGCGGUUGGACAUGCCAGAGGAGAAAGCCUUGCAAAGAGCAGAGGUCUCAUCUAUUUUCCCCCACUUCCAGGUCAUCCUCACCACCACUGAGCUUAGCCAUCCUCUCCUGUAGCCAUGGAGAACUCCUCCCUCUCUGAAAUCAAUUCAUCAUGUGCAGACUGCUCUGGAAGAGGACAUGGGAGUCUGAGUAUGUCCACUACUCCAGUAAGCCCCAGGUACUACAUCACAAUGCCUGUCAUCUACUCAGUCAUCUGUGUCAUGGCACUGACAGGCAACACUGCUGUCAUCUAUGUAAUCCUCAAAGCACCAAAGAUGGUAACCAACAUCUUCAUCCUCAACCUGGCCAUAGCUGCUGAGCUCUUUACCUUGAUGCUGCCCAUCAACAUUGCUGACUACCUGCUCCUGCAGUGGCCCUUCGGUAAGAUGGGCAUCUCCAUAGACCAAUACAACAUUUUCUCCAGCGUCUACUUCCUCACUGUCAUGAGCAUUGACUGCUACCUCACUGUGGCAGCCAUCACCAAGUCCAGGAAGGUGUCCUACUGCACCUACCGAGCAGCCAAGAUUGUGAACCACUGUGUCUGGUCCUUUGUCACUGUCAUCAUCCUGACCUUUGCUGUCUUUGCUAAGAUACACAAGGAGCAGGGGUGCUCCCACUGCAUCUUUGUAUUUCCCCACCCUGAGAGUUUGUGGUGGAAAGGCAGUCAGAUCUACACCCUUAUUUUAGGCUUUGUCAUCUCAAUGUCCAUCAUCUGCGCCCUGUACACCACCAUGCUGCGCAGACUGAGACAUGUGCAGCUCCACUGCAAUGCAAAAGCUCUGGACAAAGCAAAAAUAAAGGUGUCACUGAUGGUGGUUGCUACCCUGGGUGUGUGCCUUUUCUGCUGGAUGCCCUUUCACCUUAGCAUGGUGGCGGCCAUCAUCAUGGACAUCCCACAAACUCCACUUGUCAUUGGGAUUUCCUAUUUCAUCACCAGCCUAAGCUAUGCCAACAGCUGCUUCAACCCUCUCCUGUACACCUUUCUGGAUGAAAGUUUCCGGAGGAGCUUUUGCAGACUGCUAGAUCGCAGAACCACCUCAUAAAGCUAACUCAGUCCUCUGUCCUGCGUCCCUCUCAUAGUCACCUGCUUUUCCUGGGUGAUUCCAACCCAGAGAGUACCUCUCUCCAGUCUCCUUGUGAUGGCUCCACAGGGUUUCAGGUUGUCUCACUACCCAAGACAUGAACUGGGGCAAGGUGGAUCUCACCUAUCCUGCACUCAUUUCCUUGGGGCUGCUUUUCCUUGCCCUGUUUUUUUGUUAGUUUAUUUGUUGUUGUUGUUUUUUAAUUCCUUCUCUCUAAUUCUCUUUCUGACUUGGGUUUGGAGCUCACAGAGCUGCCAGGGGUCCCUUUUCCCUUUUCAAAAGCAUUGCUUUGUGAACUCAAGCCACACGACUGUCUCAGUCAUCAGUGAUUUGUAAAGUCCAAUAAAAGUGUGUUACCAAGUGUCUUGCUUAAUAAUACCACAGCCUCUUUCCUACCUACUGGACCUGCUUACCAAAGUCCUGUGAACUUACUAACAACUCCAAA